AUGGCGAAAACAAAACCGGCAGAUCGCAAGUCGAAGAAGAGCGCAAAGGCCAGCGCAUCGAACGGAACGAAGAAGCCCAAGACGUCACCGCAAGACCUGCUAAUACAAGCUGCGACGCUAUUGCAAACCUCACAGCCAGAAGAAGCGCUUGUUGCUGCGAGAAGAGCAUUGAAUCUUCUCCAAUCGGACUCGAAACCCACAGUAGCGGUACUUCCAGCGCUGAACUUGUUAGGAGAAAUCAACGUCGAACUAGGCGACCCUGAGGCUGCGAAAGAGGCCUUCCAAGCCGCCAUAGUAAUCGACCCAGAAGGCGCAAACGAUGGCGCCGAGAAGUUUCUAUGGAUGGCACAAUUGAACGAAGAAGGGGGCGCAGAGAGCGUACGGUGGUUCCACAAAGGCAUCCAAGUGCUCAAACGAGAAAUGAGCGAGUUGGAGGGCAAGCUCGUCAAGAAGACUGAGACUGAGGAGUUGCUAGAGGAAAAGAGGCAGAAGAUUGCAAACUCGUUAUGUGGUAUUGCAGAAGUCUACAUGACUGAUCUAUCGUGGGAAGAAGAUGCGGAAGCGCGAUGCGACGCCGCUGUCACCGAGGCUCUGCUGGUUGCGCCAAAUAACCCCGAGCCUUUGCAGACGCUGGCGUCUGUGCGGAUAUCUCAAUUGCGACAAGACGACGCCAGAUCUGCCUUGAAGAAAAGCAUGGAGCUGUGGAAGGACCUGGACCCGGAUGACCCCAAAGUGCCCGAUUACUCGACGCGCAUCAGCUUGUCUCGUCUGCUCAUGGAGACUGAGAUGGAGGACGAGGCUAUUGAGGUCUUGGAGAGACUGGUGGGCGAGAACGAUGGUAGUGUGGAAGCGUGGUACUUGGGCGGAUGGUGUCUACAUCUACUAGCUGGAAAGCAAAAGGUCAAAGGAGAGGACCAGGUUGCCACUUCGUUACUGCGCGCAAGUCGCGACUGGCUUGAGAAUUGCCUCAAGCUGUACACUGUGAUGGAGUACGAGGACGAAAGGUUGAAGGAUCACGCCGAGGAGAUAUUAAAGGAGCUCAAUGAUGUCCUGGGACCGUCUGUUGAAGGAGAAGAAGAAGAGGAGGAGGAGGAAGAAGAGGACUGGGAAGAUGAUGACGCAGAUGAUGGUGAAGAUGAGGAUGCAGCUAUGGAUGGUACAUGA